AAUUUACAGUGACAUGCAUAUGGUAAUCACUGAAAACCAUUGUUUAUAUUAAAGUACCAUAGUAUUACACUGAGCUCCGGUCCUCUGGUUCCAGUCCAAACUGAUCAGGAUUCUCAGGUUCCGUCCGUUUUGUCGUGUUUCUGUUGGCUAGAUGCGUAUCUUUGUGCUGAACGGACGGGUUAACUGCAUCACCUUCCCGCGCCACGGGAUUAAGACGCUCUUUUAACAUCUAAAACUAAACCAAAGGCGCACUACAGAUGACCUAGAUUGCAUUUCGCUCCCGUGUUAUUUCAGGACACGGUAAUGAUAAAGGUGUCAUUUCCGUCUCCAUCCCCACAUCAUCUCUGUUACCUGUCCGCGAGCCCACCUGUUGCGCGCGUGAUUGACAGCUGAAUAGCGGCGCAUCUGGUUACCCGGAGCGCAACGCGACACCCGGAGCUCCAGUGUCCUAAACGCCUGACGGCAGAUCCAGCGCGUAACGGGCCAGAACAGAGCAGCACUACCGCUGAUCUGCUGCCGCGGAUGAUCUCUGCUCGGGGUGAUGGAGAGGAUCUGGGUGGAGAUGCUGUUCUUUUCUGCGCUGUUGCUCGCUGAAGUUGCUCACUGUGCUCAGGGUCGAUACGCACACAAACUCCUGAAUGAUCUGAUGGAGAAUUACUCCACUGCUCUGCGACCGGUGGACGACACCGACAAAACCCUCAACGUCACGCUGCAGGUCACGCUGUCUCAGAUCAAAGACAUGGACGAGAGGAACCAGGUGUUAAUCGCGUAUCUGUGGAUCAGACAGACGUGGCAUGACGCCUACCUGAAGUGGAAUAAAGAGGAGUACGAUGGUCUGGAGGUGAUUCGCAUUCCCAGCAGCCUCGUGUGGAGACCAGACCUGGUGCUGUAUAACAAGGCGGAUGAUGAUUUCUCUGGGCCGGUGGACACUAAUGUGGUGUUGCGGUAUAACGGUGAGAUCACGUGGGACGCUCCAGCCAUCACUAAGAGCUCCUGUGUGGUGGAUGUUUCCUACUUUCCCUUUGACAGCCAGCAGUGCAACCUUACCUUCGGCUCAUGGACCUACAACGGAAACCAGGUGGACAUCAGCAUGGGGAUGGAGAGCGGGGACCUCUCGGACUUUGUGGAGAAUGUGGAGUGGGAAUGUCAUGGAAUGCCGGCCACUAAGAAUGUGAUCAUGUACGGCUGCUGCUCGGAUCCGUAUCCCGACAUCACCUACACGGUUCUACUGCAGAGGCGGAGCUCGUUCUACAUCUUUAACCUGCUGCUGCCCUGUUUCCUCAUCUCCUUCCUGGCACCUCUGGGCUUCUACCUGCCCGCCGACUCGGGCGAGAAGGUUUCGCUGGGCGUGACAGUUCUGCUGGCGCUCACCGUGUUUCAGAUGAUGGUGGCGGAGAGCAUGCCUCCCUCCGAGAGCGUUCCUUUGAUCGGUAAGUACUACGUAGCGACGAUGACUAUGAUCACAGCAUCCACUUCUCUGACCAUCUUCAUCAUGAACAUUCAUUUCUGUGGAGCGGAGGCCAAACCGGUGCCGUACUGGGCCAAAGUUCUCAUCAUCGACUACAUGUCCAAGAUCUUCUUCGUCUAUGAGGUCGGAGAGAGCUGUGCGUCACCGUUCGGACAGACGGAAGAUUCCGAGCCCUUCCUUCAGAACCACAAACAGAACCUCAAGAAGAAACUCAAAGGAGCUCCGCCCCCCUGUUGCCCUGAUGAUGACAAAUCGGCUGCCUUCCAUCUGACCUUUGACCGCUGUGUUUACUGCAGUUGUCGUGGCAACGGUGGAAUUCUCGGGUGCGACCCGAAGCUGGUCUGGAAUGUCGAAUAUAUCGCAAACUGCUUCCGCGAGCAGAAGGCGACGUGCCUGAAAGUGGCCGAAUGGAAGAAGAUCGCCAAGGUGAUGGACCGAUUCUUCAUGUGGAUAUUUUUCAUCAUGGUCUUCCUCAUGAGUAUCCUCAUUAUCGGUAAAGCACCUUGAGACU